UUUGUCAUAGACUCGAUUCAUGGAUCCCUGAAAUUUUUAGUGUGUUUCUCUCUUCUUGCAGGCUCCAACAUAGCUCCAGUUCGUUGAAAACGGAAAUAAUAGUAUAUAAUGCUGAAAUGUGUUAAAAUCAACAAUAUAAUCAAUAAAAUACCACGUUCUUGGUGAAAUGCAUGCAAUAAGCAAUUAGAAAAAUAUAAAAAUUACAACAAAACGAUCUGUUUCAUAGUGCAUUUCGUGUGAUGUAUGUGUUAGUUGGGUUUUUUUUGGUUGUUGCUGUUGAAUAGUAAAAGGGGGGUCGGGGUCAGUCGAAGAGAAUAAAAGAACGAACCAACACCACCAAUACCACAGCACAAACUUGGACUUGUUUGUUCAUAUUGAUGGAAUGUUGUUUCGAAGAAAAGAAUUGUAGAAAUAUGUAAAUUAGGAGUUAAUUUUUUGUCAUUCAUUCAUAUUCAAUGUGUCAAAUGCAAUAAAGUGAAUGUAAUAUUGAAUGGCUGAUUAAUAAAAAAAAAUGGAUGAGAACACACUAAAUGAUUUGCUGGAGUGUUCGGUGUGCUUGGAUCGUCUAAAGGAUUCAAAAGUGCUACCAUGUCAACAUACAUUUUGUCGGAAGUGUCUUGAGGUUAUUUAUGCCAGUCGUCAGGAGCUAAGAUGUCCCGAAUGUCGAAUACUUGUUGAAACGAAGAUUGAUGAUUUGCCGCCGAAUGUUCUGCUUAUGCGAAUUUUAGAGGGCAUGAAAAAUGCUGCCGCUAAGCAACAAAAUCAACAACAACAUCACAGCAAUAAUGAUGCACCAGUUGAGAAGAUUGAAACAACCAAACGUCCCUUAUCAGAUUCAACUGUAACAACAACUACUAGCAACGAUGAAAGAAUUUUGCUGCAACGACAAAACAAUAUUUCACAAAUCCAACCACAACAACAGCAGCUUCAACACCAUCAUCAGCAGCAACAGCACCAACAAUUUCUACAAUUACCACCAAACAUUGCUCAAAACAUAGCCCAGCAACAGCAGCUACAUCAGCCCCCGCCACCAUCAAGCCAACAAAGACGAUCAAUUGUUCCUCAUGCCUAUGCCCUAUAUGAUUUCGAUUCAAAUGAACCCAACGAUCUGAAAUUCAAAAAGGGUGAUCUAAUUUUGUUGCGACGUAAAAUUGAUAGCAAUUGGUAUGUGGGCCAAUUUAAAGGAGUCGAAGGAAACUUCCCCAUAAACUAUGUUCAGGUUGUUGUUCCCCUACCAUCGGCACAAUGCAUUGCUUUGUACGAUUUUAAAAUGGGUCCAAACGAAGAAGAAGGUUGUUUGACAUUUAAAAAGGGAACGGUGAUACAAGUUUUGCGUAGAGUCGAUCAAAACUGGGCCGAAGGACGUAUCGGCUCAUCCAUUGGUAUAUUUCCAAUAGCCUUUGUAGAAUUAAAUCAUUUGGCCAAACAGUUGCUGGAAAGCUUCACGCCACCAACUGCUGCCACGGCUGCUGGUCAUAUUGCAACACAACAGCAGACAUCUCAAGUGCUGGAGUCACGUGACUUACCACCCAUACCGCCCAGUGCAGACAGUUCUGCAACCACCAGUGAUACUACAAAACCGGGCACCUCCACAACUGUCCAGUUGUCAUGUUCGUCAUCUUCAAAUUCUUCGGCCACCACAAGUCCCACAUCAACCACCACGAAUCCCUCAACAUCAUCCUCGACCACAGCAUCAUCAACCAAUACCAUUUUCCAUUCUAUGCCCAAUAGCCCACAAUCAUCUAUGCCCACAACGCCACAACAUACUGGCCAUCAUCACAACCCAGCCAGUUCUGUUCGUUUGCGCAACAAUGACAUGAAACACAAAAGACAUUCACUCAAUGCCCUGUUGAACAAUGGUGGAACAGCCUUAAGUAUUAUGCAAAGUAGUAAUCGUCAUUCAGCGGAAAUUCUGAGUGUUCCAAAUGAUUUUGAACCGGAUCUUGCAAUGAGUUCUUCAGCCACUGCUACUGGCCAAACAACAGUAGCUAGAGAACAACAACAUCAUGCAACAAAUCUACCACCCAAUACCAAGGCACAAGUAAUGCAAAAUCAAAUGGCCGGUACGUCAACACCACGUCAUAAUGUUCUGAAAACCUGUCAACAGAAUGUACCACCCACAUUACCUUGGGGUUAUUUGGCCCUAUAUCCCUACAAGCCGAGAAAAAACGAUGAAUUAGAAUUGAAAAAAGGUUGUGUGUACAUGGUUACCGAGCGUUGUUUGGAUGGCUGGUUUAAGGGUAAAAAUUGGAAAGACAUCAGCGGAGUAUUCCCUGGUAAUUAUGUCACACCGUUAAGGGCUAGAGAUCAACAACAAUUAAUGCAUAGUUGGAAAUUAAUACCGCCCUCAAAUUACAUCAAUAGCCAUGGUGGUGGGGUAGUUGUUAGUAGUGGAACAAAUCAAAUGUCUCCUCAACAGCAGCAAAUGGCAAAUUCGAAUUACUCCUCGUCCAUGCGUCACGAUUUGGAAAAUAUAAAUGCUCGUUUGACAUUGGCAAAUUUAACCCCCCAUCAAGCCAUGCCGCCGGAUUUGCCACCAAGACAUUUGGCUUUGAGUCCAGUACCCUUGAAUAAUCAACGAUCAGCAAACGAGCAGCAAUCAUCAAAUAUCUCUUCAAGAGAAUCUCGUGAUAAAGAGGCCCUAAAAGAAAAGCCAACAACAACGGGAUGUAUGUCAACAUCAUCGUCAUCAUCAAACUCAACAUCAUCGGCUUCGGCUGGACUGAAAAAGUUUUUGACACACAUAAAAUCAAGAUCAAAAUCACCUGGUGCUGCUAUAGCAGCUGUUGCAGUAGCAGCCUCAACUUUGGCCACAACACAGAUUAAUGCUGCCUCCAAUGCAGCUGCUGCAAGCAAUAAUAGCAACGUUAUGACUGCUUCAACACCAUCUCAGCAACAUCAGCAGCAGCCACAACAUCAAGGAUCAAUGACAGGGCAUGGUCUAACGCCAGUUCAUGUUCGUUCGGGUUCCUGUCCCAGUCAACUGCUGCAACAUUUUCCCAAUGAACGACGACCGGUUGGUGAAACUAAAGAUGAAGGUAGCAAUAAUGCCCAUAGCCAACAACAACUUACACCACCCCCACCCUCAAACGGUUACAGUUCGCAACGCAUUAAAGGUCCAAAGGAAAGAUCCUCAUUGGAAAAUACUCGACCUACAAUUGACUCGACCCUACGCAGUAUUUAUGCCAAUCAUAUACAACAACAAUCCAAUUUAAUGCCGAAAAAAUGUGCUCAACAAUAUCAACAAACAAUGCCACAAACUUCGAAUUCAAACAUAAAUAAUUCACCAUCAACUACAGCAGUUAUUCAUCGUAAAUCUCAUUCCUUAGAUGCCUCGAAUAUUUUACAAUCGUCAUCAUCAACAAAUAAUAUAAUCACCGCUGCUCCUCCACCUUCCAGUAGUUCGGACCUACCACAAAGUAAUAUUAAUGCUGCUGCUGUACAUGCAAGUGCAACAACAAAUACCCCCAAUAAUAUGCCGGAAAGUCGUUUCCGUUGUGUGGUACCAUAUCCACCAAAUAGCGAGGUCGAACUGGAGCUACAAGUCGGUGAUAUAAUAUUUGUUUAUCGUAAACAAAAAAAUGGUUGGUACAAGGGUACCAAUUCAAGAACAUAUAAGACUGGUUUAUUUCCUGCUUCAUUUGUUGAACCUGAUUUAUAAAUUUUCUCAAAAAAGACUUACAUUACAAAACUUAUGGAUAUACAUACAUUCGUUCACAACUACAGUUUUGCAAAACAAAAGACAGCACACAUAUCAUGCGCACAUUACAGUCUUACCUUAAAGUUUUCAUUUUUAUAUAUAUUUUUUAAUUCUUUUAUUGUAUUCAUAGAAUUUUCUCGAAACUGCCAUUUCUAUACAUUAGUAUUUUGUUGAAAUUGUUUUUUAAAACGCUGGUCGCUUUUACACAUUUUUUUUUUUACAAAGAACUCCUUUUAAACAAACAUGCUCUUUUUGUAUUCAACAACAAACCUUAACAUGAAAAAUCAAUAUUGUUAUUAACUACACUAAUGAAUUCGAAUAUAAUGUUAGCUAGUUUAAGCAACAGUGAAUAUUGUUUAUGUUAAUUAAGUAUAUUAAAUAUGUCUUAUAUAGUUUCUAUAGUUAUUAUUUUAUAGUCCAAUAUGCUUCCUUAGCUGUAUACUUAAUAUGUAUUUUCUUUUUUGAAUUAAGUGCCCUUUUAAGUUACAUAGACAUGUACACAUUAUUAUUUCCCCGACAUGUCCUUAAUACAAUGCUUUACAUGUCCUUUUUUUGUAAAUAUGUUUACUUUUUUGUUUGUGUUGAACAUUUUUGCCAUAAACUACACAAAAUAUAUAAAAAUAUUUUUUAUUAUUUUUUUCAUAAACAUCUCCCCAAAAAUAUAUUUUUUAUAUAUUAAUUAUAACACUUUAAUAAGAAGAAAAAAAUAAUGUUUUAUUAAUACUAAUACGAAUUUUAAUGCCGACCAUUACUAAACAAAAAUACAUUUUCUCUGCAAUGUUCUAAAUAAAAAAUAAUAAUCUUGAAAUCGGA